UACAAAGAAGCAGGGCAAAACCUCAAAAUCCACAUCCUCAAUAACUCAAUCAACAAAAAUGGAUGCUAAAUCAAUCAAAGAAGAGAAGGCCGAGCUAGAAAUCUGGCAAUACAUAUUCGGCUUCACGCCAGUGGCCGUAGUGAAGUGCGCAAUCGAGCUCGAAAUCGCCGACACCAUCGAGAGCCACGGCGGCGCCGUGUCCCUCCCCGACCUCGCCUCCGCCGUCUGCUGCUCGCCCUCCGCCCUCGGCCGCAUCAUGCGGUACCUGACCCACCGUGGCUUCUUCGAGCUCCACGAAUCCACGCACAAAUACUCCAACACUCCCCUCUCCCUCCGCCUCCUCCUCAAAAACGGAGCGAACAGCGUCGCUCCGUUUCUGCUGAUGGAGGCCAGCCCCGAGAUGCUGGCCCCGUGGCACAGGCUGCGGGCCAGCGCCGCGCCCGGCGGGGGCUCGGCCUUCAGGGCCGUGUACGGGGAGGAUUUCUGGGAUUAUGCGUCCCAGAAUCCGGCCGUGAGCAAGCUGUUUGACGAUGGGAUAGCGAGCCACGCCACGCGGGCCAUUUGCGAGAUCAUAGAGCGGUGCGGUGACGUGUUUGAAGGGAUCGGGUGCUUGUUGGACGUCGGUGGAGGCGAUGGCACGACGCUCCGUUACAUCACGGAGGCGUGCCCGUGGGUCCGGGGAAUCAACUUCGAUCUCCCCCACGUUGUCUGCGUGGCUCCGCAGAUACGAGGUGUGGAGCAUGUCGCUGGGGACAUGUUCAAACAUAUACCCGAGGCUGAUGCUGUUUUCAUUAAGUGGGUGCUGCAUGACCGGAGCGAUGACGAGUGCAUGCAUGUAUUGAAGAAAUGCCGGGAAGCGGUUCCGAAGGAGACGGGGAAGGUGAUAAUCGUGGAGACGGUGAUCGUCGAGGGAGAAGAAGACGAGUACAGCGACACUAAGCUGGCGCUGGACAUGGUGAUGAUGGCCCACACUGAGAAGGGGAAGGAGAGGACUUUUGAAGAGUGGGAUUGUGUGAUCAAAGGGGCUGGUUUCAGUAGCUACACUGUCAAACAUAUUGGCUCCAUUUUCUCUAUUAUUGUGGCUUGUCCUUGAUUUCCUAUUUGUUUUGUACUACAAUAAUGCAUUUUGAACUUCUAUGCUUGGUUUAUUGGUAAUUUCUGUGAGGAGGUGUAGCGAUGAUGAUAUGCAUUUUAGUUGAUAAAAUGUUUGUUCUAUAAUUGUUAUAAUGGUGGUUCAAUAGUAGUCAUUUUAAAAGUA